GAAGUUCGCGGAUCUGUUGUGUAAAGUCCCACUUAUGGUCAAAAAUCUUGGUAAGUCAGGGAGAAUCGCAGUGAUAAAUUUCAGUCAUCUCAACAUACCCAUUUUUCAAGAAUUAGAGAGGAUUUCAAGAAUUUGUCAAAAUCCUUCUAAAAUUCUCGAGAAAGAUGUAGUUAUGUUAAGAUUGUUAGACAGUUACUGCGUCAAAACAUUACCACCAAAUAUUCUUUAUCUGCCAGAUUUUAUCAAUGAAGAAGAAGAACAAGAACUACUAAAACAUAUUUAUUCUGCCCCAUUACCGAAGUGGGUUUCUCUACGUGGUAGACGCUUGCAAAAUUGGGGUGGUAUUCCUCAUGUUAAAGGAAUGUUAGUUGAAAACGUUCCACAGUGGCUACAGAAGUACAUGGAUCGUGUUUCUGAAUUGUGUUUAUUUGAUAAUAACAACAACAAUAAGGCGAAUCAUGUUUUGGUGAAUGAAUAUGAACCAGGACAAGGUAUAUUUCCUCAUCAUGAUGGACCACUUUACUAUCCUGUUGUUGCUACAAUCAAUCUGAAUUCUUAUGGAAUUCUGGACUUUUAUGAGCCGUUGGAUACUUCUGCAGACCCAGUAACUAUUUAUGUUAGUAUAAUCGUAUUUUUCUAUAGCAAACAAAAUCAACGUUAUUUAAUGAUCGUUAUAUUGGCUCAGUUUAUUUGAAACCUCGUAGCUUAAAUAUUGUUACUGAAAAAAUGUAUACACAUUAUAUGCAUGGGAUUACUGAACGUACAACUGACUUAUUAAUAAAUUAUGAAGACUGUUUGAAACGUCAUGAGGAAUCGGUUGAAAAUGCUGCUAUUAUUCAUAAUUGGACUGCUAGCGAUUUGGGAAGUAUUCACUCACAGUUAUGUCAUCGUGGUAAACGUGUUUCAGUAACUAUACGCUAUGUGCCCAAUGUGAGUAAGAUCAACUGGAAUAAUUUAUUAUGCAGAAGUUAAACUGUUUCCACUUUAUUUACUAAUACAACUGUUGUUAAUUA